CUUUUCUUUCUGUUUUUCUUUUUUCUUUUUCUUUUUUGAUUUUGCUAUUCCAUUUUGUUGAUUGAUCGGUGAGAGAUAAACAUAAACAUAUAAAACAAUGCGAAGAAGUUGAUAAACUCAAUCAUGCACAUUCCUUAAUCUCUUUUUAUUUUUUUGAUACGAAGAAAACAUCAUUGUCAAAGUUUGAGCACAGAGCAGUGAGUCGUUUUAGUAAUAAUAGCUAUGGCUAUGCACAAGCAGGAGCAUAAUACAAGUGCACCAUCAACGCCCAGAAUCCGACAUCGCAGGCGUUCUAAUGAGCUUCCUCAUGAGAUAAGCAGAUUGAACGGGAGUCACUUACUCAUCAAUGACCAAGAUAAAUACAAAUCAAUGUGGAUCAGAGCAUACUCAUCCUUGUGGAUGCUUGGGGUCUUUCUGUUUAUUCUUUACAUGGGGCAUCUUUACAUUUGGGCAGCAGUAGUGGUUAUCCAAAUAUUUAUGGCAAGAGAGCUGUUCAAUCUACUCAGAAGAGCUCAUGAAGAUAGGCGUCUUCCUGGAUUUAGGCUCUUGAAUUGGCACUUCUUUUUCACAGCAAUGCUUUUUGUGUAUGGCCGCAUAAUCAGCCAACGACUUGUGAACACAGUAACUUCAGAUAAAUUCUUCUAUAAGCUUGUGAGCGGUUUAAUCAAGUAUCAGAUGGUCAUUUGCUACUUUUUAUACAUUGCAGGUUUUAUGUGGUUCAUUCUUACACUGAAGAAGAAGAUGUACAAGUAUCAGUUUAGUCAAUAUGCUUGGACGCACAUGAUUCUCAUUGUAGUGUUUACUCAAUCUGCUUUCACUGUGGCCAAUAUUUUUGAAGGGAUCUUCUGGUUUCUUCUACCAGCAUUACUUAUUGUCAUCAAUGAUGUUGCUGCUUAUUUCUUUGGUUUCUUUUUUGGAAAAACGCCUUUGAUCAAGUUAUCUCCAAAGAAAACAUGGGAGGGUUUUAUUGGAGCAUCAGUGGCAACUAUUAUCUCAGCAUUUGUGUUAGCAAAUGUAUUAGGGUGCUUCCAGUGGCUGACAUGUCCAAGGAAGGACUUAUCAACAGGGUGGCUUCAGUGCGAUCCUGGUCCACUAUUUACACCAGAGCACUAUUCCUUACCGAGAUGGCUGCCUGAUUGGUUUCCCUGGAAAGAGAUAUCAAUUUUGCCCGUGCAAUGGCAUGCUUUGUGCUUGGGUCUAUUUGCAUCAAUUAUAGCACCUUUUGGAGGUUUUUUUGCCAGUGGCUUCAAGAGAGCCUUUAAGAUCAAGGAUUUUGGAGAUAGCAUACCUGGACAUGGUGGAUUUACUGAUAGAAUGGACUGUCAGAUGAUAAUGGCUGUCUUCGCUUACAUCUAUCAUCAGUCAUUUAUUGUUCCACAAGACUAUUCAGUUGAGAUGAUUUUGGACCAGAUAUUGGGGAGCCUUACAUUGGAGGAGCAGCAAGCUUUGUUUAUGAAACUAGGGCAAAUAUUCCAGGAGAGACAAUGGAGGCAUUGAAGUUCGGCAGACUGCUGUUUAUCCAGAUUGUUACACCUUAUGAUGCCGUAUUGUGGAUUUUCUGAACCUCGACCCAGUAGAAGAGGUGACUGGAGGAAGAUUUUAUAGGUGCUUUUUUAUCCUUCAAUUGAUUAGUCUUGUUCUUGUCUUUUAACCAACAUUUCUUUCAGUUGUAUGCUCUCGAACACACUCUGACCUCUGUAUAUUGUUAGCUCAGCUUGAAUUUUCUUUUUUUCUUCCCGUUUCUUCAAAUGAUAAGGAUAUUUCUCAAAGUUGUGUAUCCAAGCUGACUGUACUACAUUUAUUUAAGGAACGCAAUUACUGGCUUGAA